GACUGCGCGGACGGGAGCCCGACUGGAACAUGGCGACUUGCGCUGAAAUCCUGCGGAGCGAGUUCCCCGAAAUUGACGGACAGGUCUUCGACUACGUGACUGGCGUCUUGCACAGCGGCAGUGCGGACUUCGAGUCUGUGGAUGACCUGGUGGAAGCUGUGGGGGAACUGUUGCAGGAGGUGUCCGGGGACAGCAAGGAUGACGCGGGCAUCAGGGCCGUGUGCCAGCGCAUGUACAACACUCUGCGCCUGGCGGAACCACAGACCCAGGGAAACAGCCAGGUGCUACUGGACGCCCCCAUCCAGUUGUCAAAGAUAACAGAGAACUACGACUGUGGCACCAAACUUCCAGGCCUGCUAAAGAGGGAACAGUCCUCGACGGUGAAUGCAAAGAAGCUAGAGAAAGCUGAGGCUCGAUUGAAGGCAAAGCAGGAGAAGCGCUCAGAGAAGGACACACUCAAGACCAGCAACCCUCUAGUCUUGGAAGAGGCAUCAGCCAGCCAGGCAGGCAGCCGAAAGGAAAGUCGGUUGGAAUCAUCUGGAAAGAACAAAUCCUAUGAUGUGCGAAUUGAGAACUUUGAUGUGUCUUUUGGCGAUAGGGUACUGCUGGCUGGAGCAGAUGUGAACCUAGCAUGGGGCCGCCGCUAUGGCCUGGUGGGUCGGAAUGGGCUGGGGAAGACGACGCUGCUGAAGAUGCUGGCCACCAGGAGCCUGCGAGUUCCAGCCCACAUUUCCCUACUGCAUGUGGAGCAAGAGGUUGCUGGAGAUGACACCCCUGCCCUGCAGAGUGUGCUGGAGAGUGACACAGUGCGAGAAGACCUGCUGCAUCGGGAGCAGGAGCUCAAUGCCCAGAUUGCCACUGGCAGGGCUGAGGGCUCACAAGCUGCACAGCUGGCAGAAAUCUAUGCCAAGUUGGAGGAGAUCGAGGCUGACAAAGCACCUGCCAGAGCAUCAGUUAUUCUUGCUGGGCUUGGCUUUACCCCCAAAAUGCAGCAGCAGCCCACCCGGGAGUUCUCAGGUGGCUGGAGGAUGAGACUGGCCCUGGCCCGGGCUCUGUUUGCUAGGCCAGAUCUGCUGCUGUUAGAUGAACCCACUAACAUGCUGGAUGUAAGGGCCAUCCUAUGGCUGGAGAAUUAUCUGCAGACGUGGCCCUCCACAAUCCUGGUCGUCUCCCAUGACCGCAACUUCCUGAAUGCCAUAGCCACAGACAUCAUCCACCUGCACAGCCAGCGGCUGGAUGGUUACCGGGGAGACUUUGAGACCUUCAUCAAGAGCAAGCAGGAGCGACUGCUCAAUCAGCAGCGUGAAUAUGAGGCCCAGCAACAGUAUCGCCAGCAUAUCCAGGUUUUUAUUGACCGUUUUCGCUACAAUGCCAACAGAGCCUCCCAAGUGCAGAGCAAACUCAAGAUGCUGGAGAAACUACCAGAGCUGAAACCUGUGGAUAAGGAGCUGGAGGUAGUGAUGAAAUUCCCCGAUGGAUUUGAGAAGUUCUCACCACCAAUCCUGCAACUGGAUGAGGUGGACUUCUACUACGACCCAAAGCACGUCAUCUUCAGCCGUCUCUCUGUCUCUGCCGAUCUUGAAUCCCGCAUCUGUGUGGUUGGGGAGAAUGGGGCUGGGAAGUCUACCAUGCUGAAGUUGCUUAUGGGGGACCUGACACCUGUUCGGGGCAUCAGACAUGCUCACAGGAAUCUGAAGAUUGGCUAUUUCAGCCAGCACCACGUGGAGCAGCUGGACCUGAAUGUCAGUGCUGUGGAACUGCUAGCACGCAAGUUCCCUGGACGACCUGAGGAGGAGUACCGUCACCAGCUGGGCCGGUAUGGCAUCUCUGGAGAACUGGCCGUGCGCCCUGUUGCCAGUUUGUCUGGGGGCCAGAAGAGCAGGGUGGCCUUUGCUCAGAUGACCAUGCCCUGUCCCAACUUCUACAUUCUGGAUGAACCCACAAACCACCUGGAUAUGGAGACCAUUGAGGCUCUGGGCCGUGCUCUCAACAACUUCAGGGGUGGUGUGAUUCUGGUGUCCCAUGACGAGCGCUUCAUCCGGUUGGUGUGCCGGGAGCUGUGGGUGUGCGAAGGAGGCGGCGUCACCCGGGUUGAGGGGGGAUUUGAUCAGUACCGAGCUCUUCUCCAGGAACAGUUCCGCCGUGAGGGCUUCCUCUAGGGCCAUGAGGCUGAGGACUGUGCCCAGGACAUGGACUGUCUUUCAGACCCCUGGGCCACCAUGUAGGCAGCCAUCUCCUGCCACGGACUUCUUGGGGACAGCCUUAUUCAUAAAUCUGUCUUUUUGACUGGAGCAUCCUCUGCACAACCCGGGAGCCCCACCUAAGGGUCUUUGAGGACGGGUCCUCCAAGGGGAAGGGAGUUGGGGGGCUGCCCUCUAGGACUCUAGCCCCCUCCCACUGCCCCAGCUGCGACUGGGCUCUGAUGGCCGCUGUGUAAAUUAAAUAUCCCUGCAUCUCCCUUGCUCACUCUGCUGCUCCUGGUGUAGGGCUGCAGUGUUUGCCCAUGGUUAAGGGGUGCAGUCUCUCUGAUUUGGCAUUUUCCUGUGACAUUUGCGUCUGUCAUGUGGAGGAGGCCGUGGAAGCAUCAGUGUUGCCCCUGGGGGAAGAUGUCAUUAAAGCUGCUGGGGGUCGACCUUGCAGUGGACCAAGCUUAUAAUGAAGGGCAGUGUAUUCCAUCACUGCAGUGCUGUGCUCUCCAGCCAAGGCUUAGCUGAAGGGGUCUGGGUUCUGCUGUCUCAGCCCCACUGCUUGAAUGAGUAAGCUGAUUCUGCAACCUGGCCUCAGACAUGGUUUGCCAACUGCUUUCUCCAGUGAUCUCUGGCCUAGGCUCACUCUGCUUCUCUGAAUUUGACCCUUUGGGGCCAAAGAGAAAAGUGAGAAACUGUCCCCAUUUUGCUUGAGUGGUUUUUUGUUCCUUUUUCUCUUAACCAUGUAGGAGAGGCCUGGGAAGUAGGAAAUUGAGAAUGGGGUCUAAGGCAAAGAAAAAGAACAUCUUGGUUUCAAAUUCACCAGUGUUUAAAUGGGGAGAGGGAGUUGUUUAACAGAGGUAGUAUGAUUUGUAAGUAGUAUUUCCUGGAUACUCAGCCACUGUAUGUAACUGUCGUGCAGAAGACACUAUAAUUGCUUUCCUCUUAAUGACUGGAGAAACCAGCAUCAACAGAAGGAACUGGUCGGCUUUGUGGAGAAUUGUCAUCACAAAGUUCAACCAAGGAAUCUUAACCCAGCCACUGUGGGUCUUGUGAUACAGGUCGCUGGGGAGGAUACACCUGUCUGGGGGUAAAGAAGAAUAAAGCUGGAAGGCUCUGCACCAGUGGACUGCUGGCGCAGCCAGCAGGGAGGGUCACUAAAUCUUCCCGCUUCCUCAGCCCCUGUCUCAGGAGUCCUCAAGAGGUGGUGUUCUAGGCUUGUCUGUGACCACAUGCAUCCUCACAGUUCCAAGGACCACAGGCCCUAUCACUCUCUUCCAACCUCAUACCUGCAUGUGGGCCAGUUGGGGCCAUCCGGGGUAGGGUUUGUGCCUCCCUAUUCGUCAGCCCCUUCACCCCUCACCAGCUUGUCUGUGUCUGAGUUUUCCCAAUUCUUUAGAGAAAUGCCGCCGAAGCUUCAGUGGCAGAGUGCUUCUUUGGAGGUGGCUGUGUGUGUGGAGAGCAGUGGAAUUGGAUCUGUGAUCAGAUCCAGUGCUAUUACUGGUAAUAGAAGGGCUCACCUAUAUUAAUUAGCUGGGUAGCCAUGACAAGUCGACCUUUGUACACCUCCUCGGGGUCUACAUAAGCACUCAGAGUGAUUCCUCUGUGUCCAGUCUAUGGCCUCGAGGGCCAUCAUAAGAAAAAGCAGUUCAUUUUUUCUGAGUGACUCUAGAGUAGACAGGUUUGGGUUCAAAGGAAGGAAAAACUUUAACAACUCAAACUGCCUUCUUACAGUUCCUGAACUCUGGAACUGUUCAGCCGCAUGGCUAUAUAAAGAAGGACUCUUUCAAAUAGGAGGCAGCAUUAGAUGGCCUCUAGGCUGGCUCCCAGUUUUAUGAUUCCAUUAAAUAAGAGCCUGUAUGUGUGACAAUACAGACCUACACUGCAGGCCUUCAGAAAAUUAAGAUGAGUGAAUUGCAGCAGUUGAGAAAGACCCUACAGUAAGUGUGUAAGGUGAUUUUGUGGGGAUUGGGGGCAUUUGGGAGAUGGGUAGAAAAUUCAGGUAGUGUCAGCCUGCUCUCCCAAAGAGAGAAGGGAGGAUUCUGACAUAAGGAAGCGGCCCCUUCCACUAUAGAGAGCCUUUCCAACUUGUACCCCUGGGAGGCUGGUUCUUCCACCAGAGCCUUAACAGUCAGGAGCUGGCCAGGUUGAAAGGCCUCUGCAGUCCUAGCCUCCCUGCUUCUGCUGGCCUCACCACACUCACCAGUGCCUCAGGCAGCCUUGCUGGUCCCCUGUGGGAGGGGGAAUACAGAGGGAUCAUAGAUCCUUCGAAACAGUCUACACAGCAAUUGAAGGUACCAGUCAGUUGUUUAUUUCAACAUUGGAAUUGCUGUCAAGAUUUGUGGGAUGUAGACAACUUUAGGUACAUUCUCACUGGUUUCCGGGCAAAUGUAAGCCAGGAAGGGACCAUUUACCCUCGCUGGCCAUUCUCCAGCCUAGUUUGUCAUUUAGAACCUAACAUCCUACUAAAAGGGCUUCCCUGGUAGCUCGGCUGGUAAAGAAUCUGCCUGCAAUGCAGGAGACCCUA